CCAAUGUCAGUGUAAGGGAAAUACAGCUGGGAUAGGUAUGUUUUUGGACAGUGGGAGGACACCGGAGAGCCGGAGGAACCCCACAUGGGGUUUAUCCUGUGAGUCAGGAGUCAGGAGUUAUGAGUAUAAGUGAUGUUUAGAAAGUGGAUUUAUAAAAACUCUGUAGCGCAUGAAGGCGCAUCAUAUAAUAAACUCCCAGAGUCUUAAUGUAACUGUCCAAUAGCAGAGCAGCUCCGGUAGGCGGGGCGUGGCUCGUUUAAAAUACCACCGCGCGCCUGUAGCUCGCUCGGUGGAAGCGCAAGCCAGGUGUUAACUGAGUCACGCGCACCAGUACCCAGGCACGCGCGCGCCGCAGUCCUUCAGGUAAGCGCUCGAGCCUCAGGAUGAUUAACGACCUGCAGUACUGCGCGGAUCAGCGCGCGGAUCAGUAAACGUCCAUCUUUCUACCUGGUUUGUUCCUGUUCUUUCACUUACCGGAGACAUGAAGCGGUGUGCUCCUCGCGCGCUCCGCUCUCUCACCUGCCUGGCAGCGUGCCUCCCGGGACCUCACGCGCUCGGCGUCUCCAACGGCUCGUCGCUGCACGAGCUUCUCGCGCUCGCGGAGGCCGGCUCGAACGGCUCGAGCCUGUACGCGCUGGAUGACGGCGCGCUCGCGGACUGGCGCUCGCUGGCGUGGCGGAAGCGCGAGGGCGCGGAGAGGGAGCACGCGGCGGUCCGGGCGCUGCUCAUCUUCAGCUACUCGGUGAUCAUCGUCGUGUCGCUGUUCGGUAACGUGCUCGUGUGCCACGUGGUGAUGAAAAACAAGCGCUCGCGCUCCGCCACAAGCCUCUUCAUCGCCAACCUGGCCGUGGCGGACAUCUUCAUCACCCUGCUGAACACACCGUUCACCCUGGUGCGCUUUGUGAACAGUACGUGGGUUUUCGGCAGAGGGAUGUGCCACAUCAGCCGCUUUGUGCAGUAUUGUUCUCUGCAUGUGUCCACGCUCACACUCACAGCCAUCGCUCUGGACAGACGACAGGUGAUCCUGUAUCCUCUGAAGCCGAGGAUGUGCACCGGUCAGGGUGCUGUGUGUAUCGUCUUCAUUUGGCUCAUGGCGAGUUGUUUCUCGCUGCCACACGCCAUCUUCCAGAAACUCUUCACCUUUGUCUACAGUAAGGACAUCGUUCGCUCUCUGUGUGUGCCGGAUUUUCCUGACCCGUCUGAACUGUACCAUCAGUACCUGGACUUGGCGACCUUCAUCCUGCUGUACAUGUUGCCGCUCCUCAUCAUCACGGCAGCGUACUCGGCCGUGGCGCAUCGUCUGUGGCGCCGUAACGCCAUCGGUGACGUCACCAGUGAGCAGUACUUCCUCCAGCGCAGGAAGAGGAAGCGGACCAUCAAGAUGCUGGUGCUGGUGGUGCUGGUGUUCGCCGUGUGCUGGUUCCCGUUAAACUGCUACGUGGUUCUGCUGUCGAGUCACGCCAUCCACUCCAACAACGCCGUGUACUUCAGCUUCCACUGGCUGGCCAUGAGCUCCACCUGCUACAACCCCUUCAUCUACUGCUGGCUCAACCAGAGCUUCAGGGCUGAGCUCACCUACCUACUGAGCAUGUGCAGGAAAGGGCGAACCAGGGGGCGGACCAGCAGCGGGCGAGGGGAGGAGCCAGACCAGAGACCUCUCCCGCUUAACAGCUGUCACAGAGCGGCCUGGCCGGAAAGCCACGCCUCCUCCCAACCGUCUGAUCACAAAGAGAGCCACGCCCUCAGGACCACCUCUCUCGGCCAAUCAGGGAAGACCGAUAUCCUGUCCGUGGAGCCGAUCGUCACCGUCGGCUGAUUCAUUUAAUUUCAUAUUUCAUUUCUUUAUUCGUUUGGCUUUUUAUCAGAAAAUAGAAAUGGCCACCGGUGUGGUUGACCUUCAUCUCACACACACACACACACACACACACACACACACACACACACACACACACACACACUCUGAAAUUAUUAUAGUUACAAAAAAAGCUUACAACAGUGUUUACAAAAUGAAGAGUUUAUCAAAGUUUUAUAAAUUACAAGCUUUAUUAUUUAGUAUUAAUAUAAAAAAUAAAUAAAGGACUUCAUAAGCGCAAGUACAUCGGUAUUUACGAUGUGUAUAUUGACCUUAAAGGAAAAUAAUUUUGUAUGGAUUUAUAACAAUUUUAAAAAGUCAUCAGUAAGCCACUUUAUAGAACCCCAACUCCAGCCCCACUAAAGAGAACGCUUUAUAAUGUUGGAGAAACGUGGAAAAACACGUGAUCGACGUAUAACGCUGGUGGGAAUCUGUAGACCUCCACAAAUCCUCCUGUCUUCAGAUUCCUAAAACCCUCAAACUCUCCUGAGAGGUCAGUGUGUGUUCAGCUGUAAUUAUUUCCUGCUCAUUGCCCCGCCCCUCGUUUGAUGGACAGCCCGUCUCUGCAUCCUUCCAUGCUGUGUUCGAUGCACUGAUUCUCAUCGUGUGAUCGAUGAUGUCACUUCAGUGUGUCAAGUGUAUAUAGAGUAUAUAUUAUCCAUAAAGUAUUUGAGUUUUUAAAAAAUAUUCCUGUACGACUUUUCAUCUUUUGUUGCGCCUGUGAGCGGAGUCUGAUCAUCACGGCGCUGUCGAAUCCUGCAUUGUGAUUGGUCGGUGUCCGAGCUGUUGAUUAAUUCUCUCUGUCAGGAGCGCAGCUGCAAAUCACAGAUUUAUUUAUAAUUAAUGCGCCCGUUCGUUCGGAUACGUUAUGGUUUCUAUAGUAACGGCUCAUUCACGUUGACUCGUACGACAGAGACUGCGUUUAUUUCACGUCUCUGGUAUGGAAGGAGUCUCCAGUGUCAGAGUUAAAGCUGUAACUUCCGACGCUUCUUUUCUCGGAAACGUGACGGGCUGCGACUUUAAGGGAACGGCCGUUUAUAGUGAAUGAACUUGUUUCGUGGAUGUUCCGCACGCUUAAGUGUAACUGUAAAUGGAUAAAAAGUAUGAUGUGUUGUUCUUUAAUAAAUAAAACAUUGUAGUCGUAGGUAAUUUGUUGUGUUGUAAGAGGAAUAAAACACUUAUAAUCAGUAUUUUAACAUAAACAUUCUGUUUAUCUAAACGCUCCAGUGAAGUUUCAUCCAAAAUCCUCCUUAUAAAAUCUCAGAGACGUGGAUACGCUCCAGAGUCUCUUCGUAGGAGUGAUAAACUGUCCUUAAGUGCACUUUAAGGGAGUGAUUAUUCUCUUCAUACAAUCUUUUCCGCUUUUUUAAAAUCAAAUGCAGCCAUUUUCUCUCCCAGACCUGCUGUUUUUUCUUUUUUCCCCACGUGUAGAUGGACGUGGUGUGAAAUUGGUGGCAGAAAGACUCCUUUAACAAAUUCAGCUCGUUCUGAACUCCAUUAAACUUUCUGAAAAUGGAUCUUUAAUCACGGUUCAAAGCUAAAAGGUUUUUUAAAAGUCUUUUACCGAUGAAAGAUGUUCAGUGAUUUCCUCGUGUCCCUGAUCCUCCCUCACACGACGCUGGCGCCGCCGGUCUCGCCGACGAGGUGAAAAUGACGUCUAAUUGAAACCUGCUUUCCUCUAAGAACAUCACGGCCGGCUCCGUCUCGAUCGGAACGGUCUGAGUGUUUAUCGUUUAAAGAAAUCAAUCGCAAAAAUACGGGUCUGUUAUUUUUAGUGGAUUAUAAUCUCGCUGUAGGUCACGUCAACGCUUUCACGCUUCACUAGAAUGACGUGUUUCAGCGGUCUGAAACACACUGGAGCUUCUCUUCAUUCAACAGAUAUCGACAAAUAAUGCUCAGCAAUAUAUAUAUUUAUUGUUGCUCCAGUGAUCUUCACUAACAGCUCUCUGAGUGUGUGUGUGUGUGUGUGUGUGUGUGUGUGUGUGUGUGUGUGUGUGUGUGAUGCAGAAUGUUCCUGACCCUCUGACCUGUGUAAUGCACUACCUCCGUCCUGUGCCCAGAAACGCCGUCACGAAUCUUCAGAGCUGCACUUUGAAGGCGAAACGUCUCUGAAUGAAAGCAGUAAAGUGAAAUCCAGUAAACAACACGGUAAAGUUAAAGACCUAGAGACGAUAACUACGCGCUGAUAACGUGUGCGUGGGUGAUAACACGUGCAUUACUGCCUUUAUGCCGCCAUAUAAUGUCAUUUCAUAGGGUUUUUUUAAACCACACAAUUUGCACGUUUUCACAAAUGGAUCUGCUGUUGAUGUUCUACAGCUAACUCACUGCUAAUGUUGCUAAUGCUAACUGACAAUAAGUUGGUCUUUCAAAUGCUACUGAGAUAUACAGCUAUCGAUCACUAGGUUAUUUAGCGGUUAAUUCAAGUUAGCUAGCUAGUAAUAGCCACCAUAGUCUCAGUCAAGUCCUGAGUCUGAGUCGAGUCCGAGUGAAGUCCAUUGUAUAAAGGUGUCAAGUCUGAAUCGAGUCCAGAUUCCCACGACAAAGGUUCUGAAUGCAGGGUACCAAGCUGUGGAAUCCAAGUGAAGUCCAAUGUCGAGUCAGAAUCAACGCCAGAGUCUGAGUCAAGUCCAGAGUUCUGAACCUUAAACUCCGAGUACAAAUCGAGCUCAGAGUCCGAGUGAAGCGAACCAAUCUUCAGAAUCUGAGCCGAGUCCAAAGUACUGAACCGGGUCCAAGUCGAGUCCCGAGUCCUGAAUCAGAGAGUCUACUGUAUGUUUGAGUGUAGAGUUGUGCUAUCUAUUAGUCACGUGUGUUAUAACGCCAUGUUUUGCACACAGUCGAUCUCUUUUUAUUAUAAAAGCGUUUGUACAGAAUAUACGUGAGGAAAACGUGCUGGUAAUGAUCAGUGGGCUGAUCCAGUACAGUUUUAUCUUGUUUUCUAAACAAUGACGUUUUACACGGCAAAGACACAUUUAUAUAUAUUUAUAGAGACAUGCCUAGAUCUUCAUAUUAAUAGGUGCUUAAUGUCACUAAAAAGUAAAAAGUAUAUCAUGGAUUACAUCAAAGUUCUCGCCACAAGGAUAGUUUGAUUGUUGAACGGUUCAAGGGUUCCACUUGGAACCUUUUCUGAAAGGAUAGUUCUCUGUUGUUGGGUUCUACACAGAAUAUAUUCCCCAGAACACGACUGAAGAUUCUUUUAGGAAGCCAGAUUUGACCUUUUUUAAUUUUAUUUAAUAAAGUGCAUUAUAGAGAUGCCUUUUUGUAUGGGCGUGGCUUUAAUGAUGUUGCUAGUGUAGAACUUUAUCGGUACUUUUUUAUUUGAAAUCAGACAAAGUUGUGGGUUCUAUGGGAGUGUGUAGCAUCAUUUAUCAAUGACACAUCUGGAACAUCAGCGUUUUGUCUUAUUGUAGUUCUCAGACCCGGUUUUCACAAUCCAGCACUCAACAGCACUGUGGGGUGAAAAUGAAACUAUUACACACACUGCUGAAGACGGGAACUUCUGAGGAUCGUAUAUUCUACUGGUAUACGGUAAUAUGAAAAAAAAUAUGGUUUCUGUAAGCACACACACACACACGUGCGCGCACACACACUUUGCAGUAUGACAGUUUCAGUCCCUUUCAGUGACGAGACAAACAAGCACGUAUGAAGCAGGAGGAGGAGUGUGUAUGCUGAAGGCUGACAAAAUCAGAACAUCCUGACAGUGAAAGCUCUGACAGAUGACACACACACGCAGACGCACACACACAUACAUUGUGAUUUGUGUUUCUUGUUUAUUUAUUUUGAGUGAUUCUCUUCAGAGAUCAGAGAUCUGAAGAGAUUCGGAUCAUGAUAUUAUUAACUCGUUGCUUUUAUUGCCCCCUACUGAGCCAUAUGUCUUACACAUCAAUAUGAGAGAGACUGCAGAGUACAACCUAAACGUAUAACAGUAAGGCUGUGCUGAAUGCUAAUCAGAAUGUUACGCCCCUGAAGUGUUUGAUCAGACCUAGAUGGUGAUGUGAUGAUGUAAUGUCUCAGCUUGUUGAAUGUGUGAGAUUGAUAACGCCGUAGAAAUGUUUCAUUAUAAGCUAUGUUAUCGUAUGUAAACUAAUAGUGGCCCUGAAACUGAACCUUGUGGGACGCCAUGAUGCAUUUUGAUAUUCGGACUGCACUCCUUUCACUUUUUUCUCCCAGAGGAUUGAAGUGUAGUCUAUAAAGAGAAUAAUAUUACUAUAAUAUAUUAAAUAAUUAUUAUAGACUGGAUCAGAUAAGGCUAAUGCUAGCAUUCUAAAUGAUGUUAAUUCUAGGUCUCCAACAGAAAUCUCAUACCUGAGGCUAUGAUUAAUAAUUAAGGACAUAAAACAACCGAAAUAAACCAGUUUCACAAUCACUACAUCUCCAAAUUGCAUACAGAUUAGCUUUAAUCACCAUUUUGUAUUUCAGAUAUGUAUUUACAUGUAUCAGGGAAAAAAAUAGACAUUUCAGAACCUUCUACUGUGUAUUCAA